AUGGAUUCGAGUGUAGAGAGAGAAGCAACAGUUAGGAAAUCAUUAAUCAUUCAAAAGGGAGAAAUACUGUGCUCGUGCCCUUAUGGUGAUAGCAGUUAUGUUGCUGCAGGUUUAUCAUCAGGUAUUAUUAAUCUUUUCCCAUGUAACGGAUCGAAAAAAGUAAUAAAACUUAAUGGACAUAAAGGAGCUAUCACAUGCCUUGAAACAUGCAUGAAAGAUCCAUACUUAGCAUCAGGAAGCGUUGAUGGCACAGUGAGAUUAUGGGUUGGAAAUGAGCAACGCGAUUCUACAUCAAUUAAAUUAGGCGAAACACCAAUUUCAUCUAUCGCACUUUCUGAUAAAUUCGAUAAACUACUUGUCUCUUCGGAAAAUACAGUAUCUAUCUGGGAUCCAGCACAUUGCUCUAAAAUAAUCGACUUAGAGCAACAUCCUAAUCACAUUUCUUCCGUUUCUUUAUCAAGCGACGGACUUGUUGCAUUAACAGGAUCUUUUGACGGAACUUUCAGGUUGUUUGAUCUCAGAAGUGGUACAAUAGCAAACAAAUUGGAUAUCGGAAACCCAAUUACAUCUACAUCAAUUAGGCAAACAGGCACUGCAGUUGCUUGUGGCUGUGAAAAUGGUAAUGUUUUCCUUUGGGAUACAAGAACCCAGGCAUUUCUUAACAAAGACCCGCUUCACCAUGGAGCAGUUACUUCCAUUGAUUUCCAUCCUUCUAAAUUCCUUCUUCUUACAGCUUCAACAGAUAAUCUUAUUGGAAUUUGCGAUGCUGAUAAUAGAAACUUAUACUUUACUCUUAAAUGCCAUACAGCACCAAUUAAUUAUGCUAGAUGGUCCUAUGAUGGCACCACGUUUUCAACAAGUGGCGAAGAUCAUCGUGUCGUCCUUUGGAAUGAGCCAAUUAUAAGAAAGACAGAACCAGUAAUGAUCAAAGUUCCUCCAAAGAAGCGUAAGAUCGAAAGGCUUGGCAAAUUUAACGAGACAUUAGAACAAGAUCCAGAACCAUUGCCACAAUCUCCUAUACAGGCAUCAAAUACUGUUAAUGUUGGUAGCAAUACUGGUAUAAAGAAGUAUGUUGCAAUCAUGCAUAAAAUUACAGAUCAAAUUGUCGCACUUUCAAAGACAAUGUCUGCAUUAGAAGCCCAAAUGGAUUCUAUGGAUCAACAAAUUGCAAUAUUAGAAGCGGAGAAGCGUGCUCAGGCUAAGAAAGCUAUCGCUCAAGCCAAUUUAGAUUAA